UUUUGUUAUUUUUUUUAGAAAAGAUCCAUUGUGUUGAACAAUUAAUAUAAGGUAGUUGAGGAUCGGGUAGACACCAUCCCGCCUAUUUUUGCCACGAAGCCCUCAUGCAUUUUUGUUUAAAGGGUUAUCGUUAUAAAAUAGAUACCCCAAGCACUGUGCUUAGUGCGAGUUUUUUAAAGUUCUCGAUAGCGUAAAAGUUAACUCAUAUUUGUAUGAAAUGGGAUCGUUUGCAUACGUUUGCCGCUAGGGGCGCUGUUUCAACUGCGUACAAAAUUGGCUUAACUUUUACGCUAUCGAGAACGUUAAGAAACACGCACUAAGCACACUGGUCACCAUUCUCGCCGAACCAGUCACUAGUGACGAAAGGCUCGGCAAGUAAAUUAACCCAUAGGCAAAGCCCACUGAGUUUCUCGCCGAUCUUCUGAGUGGGUCGCGUUUCGGAUCCGGUGGCAGAUUCUGCGAAACACUGCUCUUGCUAGGGCUAGUGUUAGCAACUUCGUCAGGUUAGAGCCCCGUGAGCUGACCUACUUGUUAGGGUUACGCUGAAAUGGCCUCCCAAAGCCAGCUUAGGUAGGAAAGAAAAGUGGGAUUUCGACCUCAUGUCUCAAGACAAGGUGCAUUCAAUUUGUGUAUUCUAUGAGCUCCGGGACCACGUAACAUCAGGUAGGACGUGAACAUGUUGGCCCAUAUAAUCAAUAAAAAAUUAAAGCUUAGUAACCGAUGAAUAUACCUAGGUAACGUGCGAUGGUAGGUAACUAAUUUGUUAGUUACGUCAGAGAUUUUUUACCAUAGGUAGAUAUAUCAGCUAAUUUAGAAAUUCAUAACAAGAUAGAUCAAUAUUAUCUUUUAGGUGAACUUUCAAAAUUAAAAUAGUAUCGACUUGACUAUAUAAAAUUUAUUUUUACUGAAUUUGUCCGAUUUGAUCCACCGUAAACCCCGGACAUACCGUUACGAAAUACCAUUCAGGUCGAAGUACUCAUUGCAUUGUAAUAACUUAUACUCUCAUUGCACUGUGAUACUUAUAUAACUGUAGUAAUUUUAUAUUUUUAACGAGUUAUGUCGCCGGAAAAAUUGUUUGCGCCGCAGAUAUACGCGGCACAUUACUUUCAAGUACACCCUAUUUAUGAUUAUGCCUUUACAAAUGUUGUCUCAUUUUUUUUACACGUUAUUAGUGUUGAAGUCGUUCGUAACUUAAUUUAUCACGUGCUUUAUGCAUGUUCUCUAGACGUCAUAAGACAGACGCGAAAACCGUACAGUUCAUGACCGCAACGAAUGCGAAUACACAUUAUCGCAGACAGGUACCUACCCACGGCUCUGAGCUACCGCACGUUAUUAUAAUACCUACAACUUAUCAUCAAGAAGCUUAUUCAUUUGUAAACGUACACUCAAUGCACUAGUGGUUAUUUCGGUAUACUUAUUUAAGUAAUAAUUUUAUUGUAAUGGCACACACGAAACCAGAAAUCCGACUUGCUACAUAUAUGUGUCCGUCCCAUCCGGUACAAUUGUACGAAUUGAUUCAGGACCUGCUAGAGGAAACAUUGGACUGCUAUACGAGUUUAAUUUAUGAGAGCCGAAAUCCUGGCCCCUUUCCAGACAGACCAGACCCUUUCGGCACUGACAAGGUGGAUAUAGCAUUCAUGACUGUUGCUGCUUAUAUGAAGCUUCGAAAUGAUAACAAUGCUUUCAUCGACCUACUGCCGGUGACACCAGUUUUUGCCCAUCAAAUGAACGUUGAAAACAAACCAGGAUAUUUCUCAGACAUAAUCAUUCACCGUGAUAAGAAGGCACACAACGUCAAUACACUUUUGGAUUUACGUGGGUGUACGUUCGCCUACAGCGAUGAUGAAUCUCUUAGCGGAAGCAAAAUUAUUCUUAAAACAUUAAAAGAAAAAGGUGAAAAUGCGUCUUUCUUCGGGUCAUUAUUGAGAUCUGGAUCGCAUUUGGCAUCAGCUCAAAUGGUAUUAUCAAAACAAGCAGAAUGGGCUGCAGUAGAUUCAACAACACUACUUUACACAAAAAAGUACAUGUUUGAAGGUGGUAAAGAUAUAAUUACCCUGGAGACGUUGGGUCGACUUCCGCCUUAUCCUAUUGUUGCGAAAGCAGAUCUUAGAGCGGAGGUGAAGCAAGCUAUAGUCAAAGCUUUUCUGAAUUUACCUCAUACUAGUGAAUGGAAAAAUAAAUUUGCAAAAUUUGGUAUACUCAAAUUUGUUCAUAAUAGUGAUGUCGCUUACGAUGGGCAGGUUGCACAGAUGUGGGCCUGCCAGAGCGAAAAACUCAACGUUAGGUAUUAUUAGGAUUUUGUUAUUCAUUUCAUUACUGUACAUUCUCUAUAUCUUGUAUGUUGAUUAUACUCCUAAGUAAUGUUAUGUUUGCCUAAUUUAAGUUUAUUUUUGAGGAUGUUUAUAAUGCAAAUACAAUACUUUUUUGGAAGAAUGCCUUAUUUAUUUUUUCUGUGGCUUCCGAAUUAUAAAUUUCAUAGUUAUAACAUUUUUAUUUGUAUGACUGGUUCCUUUGAUUAUUCCUUGAGAUAUUUGAAUAACUCCAAGAUCUUUUGGAUCUUUUUGAGAUUUACUUUGACUCAAAUUUUCCUGUAAUUUAAAAUUAUUUUUCUUUACUACAUGAUUUAAAAUGAACUUACAUGCUAAUGCACAACAUGACCAGUUUCAAUGAUGUUCUUUUUAAUUUAAACUAGGUAAUAUUAAUAAAACAUAUCAUAUAUUAUGAUAUGAUGUCAAUAUAUUGAGAUAUUAUAUUCGUGAUUUAAUACUAAAAAUAAAUAAAAUAUUAACUUCUAUACAGUUUUAGCUAAAAAACAUUAAAAAACUAGGUGACGACUAAAAAUUGGUUUAAAUUUCAUCAAUUUCAACUUUCACAGCUUCAAUUCACAAUAUUAUUGAUGAUUGAUAGUGUGAAUCUUGAAUGCAAGUUGUAAUAUUUUUAAUCAUUUAACUCUAUAUAACAAAAAAUAUCAACACUAUCUAUUUCUACAUUUAAAUUAUUUUAAUAUGUAACUACAAUAAUAGUAGCUGAAUAAGAUGGGCACUAAACAAUUCCUCCUCCAUUGAUAUAAGCAAUCUCUUCUUCUGAGAGUGGUUGUCUCUUGUAACGUGCUGGUAGGUCUAUGUCUGGUAUAGCACCAGUACUCAUUGCUGCAGCAGGCUGGCUUUGCAC